AUGCCUCGGCCAACGGAAACAGCCAGGCCAGAGGCACAAGAAGAAGAACCCUCAUACCCACCAUGCAUGUUUGCAUCUCCAGAGGAAAAGACACUCUUCAAACGACUGAAGGAGGCAUACAUGGCCAAUUACAAGACCUGGGACGAUGAGGCUGUUGAAACUUGGCCACACCUCGUCGAGCAUGCUUCACUGGCACCAUCGACAAUUGGCAAAAUCACAAACCAUUGGAUCACCAGAAACAUGACCAGCACCCAAGUAACGUGGGCACAUUACGUUGCACUCCGCAUCAUCUACAAGGGGCUUCUCUUCAAGAGCAAGAAGACCAUGAGGCUCAUUCGAUCGAAAUACCCGAGAGCCAACUUUAGCUCAUAUGCCUACAAUGAGGACUAUACCAGGCCAUUCAAGGCUGAAGAAAAGAAGAUCAACCCACAAAAUACUUCACAGGAGAAGGACCCAAGCACAGCUUCUGCCUCUCAAGAUGAACAGAGUGAUCCCACAUUGGGCAAACGGAAGCGAACACUGCCUGAGAAUACGAGUGGGAAAGGCAAGAAAAAGGACAAGCCAUGCGCUGCUCCCAAUCCACCAGACACCCCAAAUAACGAAGUGCCGGAUAUAUUGGAAGUACCAGCGGAUACCUCCAAUGGAAGAAUCGACCACCAAGAUAUGAAUCGGGACAGGCUUAUUGAGGCUAUGGAGAGAAAUACAAGGGCUGUGGAAAGAAACUCGGAGCUAUUUGCGAGAUUGACGGAGCAGUUACGGACUCCCGUCCCAAGAGAUGAAGAUGAGUGGGCGUUUAUUCGGAAUUCAAAGAAGUAG